UCCCCCAGUCCCCCGUCCCCUCCCUAUCGUCCUACCGCAUUUGCGACUCGCACCGUCGCACGCGCCGCCCCGAACCCGAACCCGAACCCGGCCCCGCCCGUCCCUCCCCUCUGCGUCCAACCUAGUGCUCCGGCGAGCUCUCCGGCAGCGGCGAGAUGGGUGAGCGGAAGGUGCUCAACAAGUAUUAUCCGCCGGACUUCGACCCGUCGAAGAUCCCGCGGCGGCGGCAGCCCAAGAACCAGCAGAUCAAGGUGCGCAUGAUGCUCCCCAUGAGCAUCCGCUGCGGCACCUGCGGGACCUACAUCUACAAGGGUACCAAGUUCAACUCGCGCAAGGAGGACUGCAUCGGCGAGACAUACUUGGGAAUACAAAUAUUUAGGUUUUACUUCAAGUGUACUAGGUGUUCAGCUGAGAUUACCUUCAAAACAGACCCUCAGAAUUCUGACUACACGGUAGAAUCUGGGGCUAGUCGCAAUUUUGAACCUUGGCGCGAAGAGGAUGAGGUUGUGGACAAAGAAAAGAGGAAACGAGAAGCAGAGGAGAUGGGUGACGCAAUGAGAGCACUGGAGAACAGAGCAAUGGAUUCAAAGCAGGACAUGGACAUACUUGCUGCUUUAGAAGAGAUGCGGUCCAUGAAGUCUAGACAUGCUGGAGUCUCUGUUGACCAGAUGCUUGAAAUUUUGAAGCAUUCCACUCAUCAGAAGGAAGAAAAAACAGUAGCAGAACUAGAUGAAGAAGAUGAAGAACUUAUCAAGUCAAUCACUUUUCGAAACUCUAAAGAUUAUGUUAAACGGAUAGAAGAUGAUGAUGACGAGGAUGAAGAUUCUUUUGUAGCAGGCCAGUCAAGUGUGACCUCAAAGAUCAAUGGAUCUUCUGAAUCAGUGUUACAUCCAACAGAUGUCUUGACCAAAACUAAUGGACCUGAAAGUGGCAGUAAAGAAGAAAAUAAGAGCUGGGCAUCUAAGAUGCCCAAAUUCAUAGUGAAGCCGAAGCCCACCGCUACAAGUCCUAAUAAGAAGCAGAAAACUGAAGCAGCAGCUUCCCAAAAUAACGGCAAAGCACCAGUUGCAGAGGAAAAGAGUGAAGAUUCAGAGAAGACAAAUGUUCUUCAGUCUCUCUGCCAGUAUGAUAGCGAUGAAAGUGAUGACUGAAGACAGCGCUGCUUGGAGUCCAUAAGUUUGAGACUCACCAAUGUGCACAGGAGGACAAGUGGCUCGAUCCUUUGCUAUCAUUGAGCAACACGGUUUGUAAAUCAGAUGCAAGUCUUUACUGUUGGGAAUCCAUGGCUAGUAACUGUGCAGAUAGAGCUGCGUUUUAGUUAAAAUUCAGAGUAAUUACAGAUUUAUCUUGGGACCUGGUUCCCUUGAAGCAGCAUUCAAAAUGAUUAUGGAUGAAAUCCGAAUGUUGGAAUAGGAUCAAUGCUUGUUAAUACUCCUAUAUCUGUUGAUGUAUCACGUCAUAUCUGUGUUCUUCUUUGGUUGGCUCCACCGUUAAGUUUUGUCGA